UUCAUUCACCUAACUCUGCAUAUUUUUAAUACACCGCUUCAAACCAUACAAAUUAUCCCUAUAAAUAUCACCCCUAAUUCAUCACCUCAAAACAUCCCACCUUCUCUUCAUACAUCUCUGUGUUUAAGGUAAGUGAGUGAGAGAGAUGGCUAAGUUGUAUGCUAUUGUGUUGAUUGCACUAGCAAUUGUGCAUGCAAGUGCAAGAGAUGUUCCUAUUGAGAAAGAGACGGUGGUGAAGACUGCUGAUGCUCCGGCUGCACACGGUGUCGGUGAUGAGAAAAACUUCAUAGCUUAUGGCGGCGGCGUUGGUGGAUGGGCUGGCGUUGGCUACGCCGGCGGGAUUCCGAUGAUCGGCGGCGGCAUUGGCGGCGCAAGUGGGAUUGGAGGUGUGGGUGGGCUAGGGGGUUUGGGAGGGAUUGGCGGUGCUGCCGGUGGACUAGGUGGGCUAGGCGGAGUUGGAGGCGCUGCCGGUGCUGGUGGUGUAGGUGGAAUUGGAGUUGGCGGUGGAGGCGGGGGCGGAGGAGGUGGUGGUGGAAGCUCAGGAGGUGGAGGUGGAGGCGGAGGCGGUGGUGGAGGCGGUUGGGGAGGUGGAGGUGGAGGUGGCCACAGUUGGCUGGGUUCACGAGGUGUGAGCCUCGGAGGCCGUGGGGGCAAAGAUGGUCGAGAUGAGAGUAUUCCGGUGAAUGGAAAGAGAAAUUCACCAAGUUUUAAUUAGAAACCUUGGUUCUAUGUGGCAUUGUGGCAUGCAAAUGUAUCUUGCUAACUAGGGCUUGUAUCUUCUAUUUUGCAUGCUAAAUAAUAAAAAAAAAAAACUAUUCAGUAAAA